AUGGGGCCCAAGGAAACAAUGGCCAGCAGCAACAAAGCAGCAGACAGAGGCAGCAGCAGACACAAACAGCAGCAGCAGCGCAGGGGCCGUCAGCGCCCAGCAGCAGCGCAAAGGGAACAGCAGCGAUGCGAGGCUAGCGAGCCGCAGCACGCGAAGAGCAGCAAACGGAAAGCCCCGCAACAGCACAAGCAACUGCAGCAGCAGCAGCAACUGCAGCAGCAGCAGCAGCAGGAGCAGCUAUGA